AUGGCGUCCGCGGCGGGCUACGUCGGCGGCCUCCUGCGCCUCGUGCUCACGGGCUUCGCGUGCCACAACGCCUACGACAUCCGCAUGAGUGCCAUCCGGACCUACGGCCUCGUCAUCCACGAGUUCGACCCCUGGUUCAACAUGCGCGCGACGCAGUACCUCGCGGACAACGGCCCGAAGGCCUUCUUCACGUGGUUCGACUACCGGAGCUGGUACCCGCUCGGCCGGCCCGUGGGCACGACGAUCUACCCGGGCAUGCAGCUCGCGUCCGUGGCCAUCUGGCGCGUGCUCAACGAACUCAUCGGCUACGAGAUGUCGCUCAACGACGUCUGCGUCUACGUGCCCGUCUGGUUCGGCGUCGCGGCGACGCUGCUCCUCGGCGCGCUGACGUACGAG